UUUUUUUUUUUUUUUUGUUUUGAAGAAAGAAAGUUCAUUGGCGUCCUUGAGUCAUCGUCCGGUCUGGGUCACCCACACGAGAGGAGACUCGAGCGAGAGAUUUAAGAUUGGAUUUCUCAAACUUCGAUUCUGAUCUGAAUCCAAGCAGCAGAUCCAUGAAACCCUUCUAUAACUUGUGUUCCGCUUGAGCACUCAACAAGUCUUUCUCUUUCUCUCUCACACACACUCUGCUUCCUUAAUCUAAUCUAAUCAAAGUUAUUGGCUACUGCUCGAGUGUUGUUAUUAUUGGAUUUGAAUUUGGAUUUGGAUGGCUUCCACUGGGAAUCCCAAUCAACAACCACAAGUUGGAGGCGGUGGCGGAGGGUUCGAUAUGACCAAACUGUUUAAGCCCUCUUCCGGCCCUCUUCUGCAGCAGCAGCAGCAGCAGCUUCAUCAAAACUUGAACGUAAUAGCAACUCCUCCAAGUCCAAGUCCAAGUCCUAGCACCACCAAUCUGACCACAUCCCCAUCGUUCCCAGCCCAAUCCUCCACGCCUCCUCCUCCUCCCUAUCUGACGCCUUCCUCGUCGUAUCCUCCUCCCACUGGGCCCUACGCUUUCCACCACCCUCACUACCUUCCCUACCCGUCUCCUCCUCAACACCAACACCCCUUGCAUCCUCAUCACCAUCAGCCACAGCUCAAUAUCAAUAGACCCUUUCCUUAUCAAGCCCAACCUCAACCCUCCCCACCCGCCACUCCUACCUCCGGAAAUGACCUUUUGAUGGCCUUUUUUGGCACACCCGCUCAAACUCAAUCGCAAACUCCUGCUCCUCUCCCUUCUGCCCCACCUCUUACUUCGAAUGUCACCCCAUCUGCCCCGUCUGCCUCUCCCUCUCCCUCUCCCUCUCCCGUCCGACUGUUGAGCAGCAAGGCCCCCAAGGGCAGGCAUCUCUUUGGCACCAAUCUCCUUUAUGAUAUUCAUGUCAGGCUGCCCGGUGAAGUCCAGCCCCAACUCGAGGUCACUCCCAUUACCAAGUAUGCUUCUGAUCCUGGCCUUGUUCUUGGUCGUCAGAUUGCUGUUAAUAGGAAUUAUAUUUGCUAUGGUCUCAAGCUUGGGAACAUACGUAUCCUCAACAUCAAUACUGCCCUCCGAUCCUUGCUUCGUGGCCACACUCAGAGAGUAACAGAUAUGGCUUUCUUUGCUGAGGAUGUCCACCUUCUGGCCAGUGCAAGUGUUGAUGGCCGGGUUUUUGUAUGGAAGAUCAAUGAAGGCCCUGAUGAUGACGAUAAGCCACAAAUUUUUGGCAAAGUUGUUAUUGCCAUUCAGAUUGUCGGACAAGAAGAGUCAAUCCAUCCACGAGUCUGCUGGCAUCCUCACAAACAAGAGAUUUUGAUGGUUGCUAUUGGAAAUCGUAUCCUGAAAAUUGAUACCAUGAAAGUUGGAAAACUUGAAGGGUUUUCAGCAGAGGAACCUCUUAAUUGCUCUGUUGAUAAGCUUAUUGAUGGGGUUCAGUUUGUCGGUAAACAUGAUGGUGAAAUUACUGAGUUGUCAAUGUGCCAAUGGUUGAGCACCCGAUUAGCUUCAGCUUCAGUAGAUGGCAUGGUUAAAAUUUGGGAAGAUCGUAAGGCCUCACCACUUGCAGUAUUGAGACCACAUGAUGGUCAUCCUGUUAACUCAGCGACAUUCUUGACUGCCCCACAUCGCCCUGAUCACAUUGUUCUUAUCACAGGGGGCCCACUAAACCGUGAAUUGAAGAUAUGGGCCUCUGCAAGUGAGGAGGGUUGGUUGUUGCCCAAUGAUACUGAAUCAUGGCAGUGUACCCAGACGUUAGAAUUGAGGAGUUCUGUGGAGUCCAAGGUUGAGGAUGCAUUCUUUAAUCAAGUUGUGGCACUGCCCCGUGCAGGCUUGUUUCUUCUUGCAAAUGCCAAAAAGAAUGCUAUAUAUGCUGUACAUAUAGACUAUGGGCCUAACCCUGCAGAAACCCGCAUGGAUUACAUAGCUGAGUUCACUGUCACAAUGCCUAUACUGAGCCUCACUGGAACAAGUGAUAGUUUGCCAGGUGGAGAACAUACUGUGCAAGUUUACUGCGUUCAAACACAGGCUAUUCAGCAAUAUGCUCUGGACUUGUCUCAAUGCCUGCCACCACCCCUGGAAAAUGCAGACUUGGAGAAAACAGAUUCCAAUGUCUCUCGUGUUCUCGAUGUCUCAAACUCUGAUGUUUCUGCCUCUCUGGAAUCAUCUCAUGGAUAUAAACCAACUGACAUGACUCUAAGCUCUUCAAUUCCAAUGUCCCCUCUGCACUCCAGCAGCCCUGAUAGUGCUACCAUGGCAAGCCGUCCACAAAAAUUGGCUUCUUCAGAGGUUACUUCCAUAUCUGAGAGCAGUGUGUCAGGCAUAGAAAGUAAGCCAAGUGCUUUGCCAUCUCAUAGUAGCGCUGAAAAUAUGCAUACUGCAUCACCUCCGCUUCCAGUAAGUCCAAGGUUAUCACAAAAGUCAUCUGGUUUUAGAAGUCCAUCAAGUGCUGAUCACAUUGGUAACCACUCAGCACACGAUCAUUCUGUUGACCACAGAGUAGAUGUUGUAAAAGAGAAUAAGGUUGAUAUCCCCUCCUCAGGUGACAACUUGAGGAAAGGUGAAAAUGAGACUGCUCAAAAUGACAUUUCAAUGAUUAGUGAUCCUUCUGUGGUAUUCAAACAUCCAACCCAUCUUGUAACGCCAUCAGAGAUAUUAUCUACUGUGGCUUCAUCAGCGGAGAAUGCUCAGAUUAGUCAGGAUAUUAGUGCAGGUGAGGCAACGGUCCAAGAUGUAGUUGCCAACAAUGAUGCUGAAAGCAUGGAAGUAGAAGUUAAAGUUGUUGGUGAGACAGGAUUUGGUCAAACUAAUGAAACUGAUCAUCCACGAGACUCUCAUUCUACUGUUGCCGAUAAAAAAGAAAAGGCCUUCUACUCUCAGGCAUCAGAUCUUGGCAUUCAGAUGGCCAGAGAUUUUUGUGCAGAAACUUAUGAUGUUGAGGGAGCUCAACAAGCUAAUGAUGUUGGUGUUGCAGGACAAGCGGUCAGACCUACUAAUGCCCGUGAUGGGGAAGACCAGAAUGGGACAAAAGAUGUCCCUCCAAAAGUUGGUGAAUCAGACACUGCCAUCACUGUUUCCCCAUCACUAGCUUCUGCUAAAGGGAAAAAGCAGAAGGGGAAAAAUUCUCAAGUAUCUGGCCCAUCUUCCCCUUCAGCAAGUCCAUAUAAUUCUACAGAUUCAUCUAAUGAACCAGGUUGCAGCUCCGGGGCUCUGUUAGCUGAUGCUGCUUUUCCCCAAUUGCUGGCCAUGCAGGAUGUGCUUGAGCAGUUAGUGAGCAUGCAAAGGGAAAUGCAGAAGCAGAUGAAUGCAAUUGUCUCUGCUCCAGUUAACAAAGAAGGGAAAAGACUGGAGGUAUCCUUGGGCAGGAGCAUUGAGAAGGUUGUUAAGGCCAACACGGAUGCUUUGUGGGCUCGUUUCCAAGAUGAAAAUGCAAAACAUGAGAAGUUAGAGAGAGACCGCACACAGCAGAUUUCAAAUUUGAUCACCAACUGUAUAAAUAAGGACUUACCAGCCAUGUUUGAGAAAUCCUUAAAAAAGGAAAUAUCUGCAGUUGGCCCUGUUGUAGCUCGUGCUAUUACUCCCACACUGGAGAAAAGUAUAUCUUCUGCUAUUACAGAGUCAUUCCAGAAAGGAGUAGGAGAGAGGGCAGUGAAUCAACUGGAGAAGUCAGUUAGUUCAAAACUUGAAGCUACAGUGGCCAGGCAAAUCCAAGCACAAUUUCAAACUUCUGGAAAGCAGGCACUUCAGGAUGCAUUGAGGUCUAGCUUGGAAUCCUCCAUUAUUCCCGCAUUUGAGAUGUCAUGCAAAUCUAUGUUCGAGCAAAUUGAUGUCACAUUUCAGAAAGGGCUAAUAAAACAUACAACUGCUGCUCAGCAGCAGUUUGAGAAUUCCCAUUCUUCCCUUGCUGUUGCUCUACGGGAUGCUAUUAAUUCAGCAACUUCAAUCACACAGACCUUGAGUGGAGAAUUGGCUGAUGGGCAACGGAAACUUCUAGCUAUUGCAGCUGCAGGUGCCAACUCCAAGGCGGGAAAUACCUUGGUGACACAGUUGAGUAAUGGUCCAUUGGCUCAUCUGCAUGAGAUGCAGCCUGAGGCACAUGUGGAUCCAACAAAAGAACUCUCAAGACUGAUAGCUGAGCGGAAAUAUGAUGAAGCCUUCACUGCAGCCCUGCACAGAAGUGAUGUCUCAAUAGUUUCGUGGUUGUGUUCUCAGGUUGAUCUACAAGGGAUUUUGUCAAUGAAACAAUGCCCGCUGAGCCAAGGAGUUUUGCUGGCUCUUUUCCAGCAACUGGCUUGUGAUAUCAAUAAGGAAACGUCUAGAAAGCUAGCAUGGAUGACUGAUGUAGCUGUUGCCAUAAACCCUUCAGAUCCAAUGAUUGCCGUGCAUGUGCUACCCAUCUUUAGGCAGGUCUCUCAGAUAGUGGAACAUCUACAAAGCUUGCCCAGUACAUCUGCAUCAGAAUCUGCCAGCAUCCGUGUUCUUAUGUUUGUCAUAAACAGUGUGCUGAGCUGUAAAUGAUCAUUGCCUCCUGCCCCCUUUGUCUCAAUAUAUUGUGCAAAUUUGUAAGAACAUUUUGUUUUGUAUAGAAAUCUAGGUACUUCCAUUGAAAAGACGAGUGGGAUUAUUUCAUAAAUUCAGUUUGUAUGGUUACAACUUAUGUGAAAUAGAUAAGUUUUAAAUGGUCUUUGGGAUUCUUCU